AUGACUACCAACUUCAAAGAGUGCGCCAAACGAUUCGCAGAAAACUCAACACUCCGCGAAACAUGGGGUUGGCAUGGUAAGAUCAUCGGCAUCGAUUAUAACUCUACGACUCAGAUAUCCCGUGAAGGGUGCAUAUACCUUUGUGGUAACGGCGCGGAUUACUACCCGUGGAAAGACGUUUCAGGUGUAAUCACCACUUGGAUACUCCCAAUCAUCGGUGUUCUUUUGCAGGCACCUUUUGAGAGCAACGCAACUCAACGAACAUUGUUGGCCAUCACGCGGUGGGUUGGCUCACCCAUCGCAUCGAUAUCCUACGUCCUAUGGAAUAUCAAAGUGUCUGCCAAGGCUGCCAUGAUGGUUGACAUGGCUGUCAAGUAUGACGAGACCCCCCAUCGCAAGACCGACUUCGGUAGCAUGCGAGACUCUAUGUAUCUCUUGCUGGUUAUGAAUCAGUACACGCUAAAGCCUACGGUCAUGUCGAAAGACCUUCAGAAAGAAGCCGAGGGCCUGUUGCGCAUCACGCUCUUUAGCAAAGACCUUGUAUUAACAGAUACCGACAAGACGCUCCGUCAAAUGAGACGCAUACUCGCUCGUGAGGUGCGUGAGAUGAGAAGAAGAGGGACCGUUCCGGUCUUUAUAUCCAUCAUGUGGUUCUUAUUCGCAUUUGCGCUUUCCAUUCAAGAUGCUUUCGGUGACCUGGGAAACAACUCGACUGCUCACGAUUUGGCAUUGGGCUGUUUGCUGGCCUGGUUCCCAGUUCUAAUUAUGGGCUCUAUUGUUGACCGCAAUCCCAUAGCAGCAGAAGCGAUCCGCAAAAAGCUCAGCACCUUGGUCGAUCACGUCCGUCACGCACUACGCGACAAGCAACAUCGGGACGAAUUCAUCAAGACCUUUAGAGAUCAGCCAGACUACCAUGAGCUGAAGUGCCGUAUCGAAAGUGUGGCGGACAAGGGCGAGUACAUGGAAGAAUUCUUCGUGGAUUUUGCUGGCCAGGCGAGAAUACGAUGGCAUUAUGGCGCAGCACAUGCAAUUCUCUCUGAUAUAGAAGAUUGCUAUAUUGAGAGAAAAGGCCGUAACUGGCUGGCUAAUGAGCGCGAAGCACGAGCAAGUCUUGUGCUGGGACCUGUCAAUGAGGAAGGGUUGGUUUGGUUCGAUGUCCGCGAGUUCUGGCAAGUGCUUAGUGCCAUCAUCAUCGUUGCUGGAAGUUGCGGAGGUGCAUUCAUCUUAAGUUACUUCACACCCACCGUUGGCCUCGGUUGCCGCAGUGGAGGAUACACCAUCUUCUUCGCUGUUGCAUUGGGGCUGCUUAUUGUCGAAAUGACCGUCUGGAUGUUCCUUUCGCCGUACGAGUUCGAUGCGCUAUGUUCGCCGUGGCUGGGUAGGGUUGGAAGUCGUCUACACAGCCAUGUCACCUUUAACCAUUGGGAGGACGAUGCACAGGCGAGCUGGGGAAGACUCAAGCGAAGAGCGUCGCGAAUAGCUGACGCUAUGAGCAGCCUUUUGAUCCGUUGUAUAGUCUCCAUGGUUCUUGUAGCACCUUGGGUGGACAGAGGAGCCACUAAGGAAAAGAUUCAGGUAGCAUUGGAGAGGAAAAGAACUAGUUUCCGUGAAAUGCCUCUCAAAAGGAGGUGGGAGCUCUUCUUUUUCCGGCCAGUAGAGACAUUCAACACCAUAUGGUUAAUAUACAUCGUCAUGGCGCAGGUUUUUGGUUGGUACAAAACUUGCGAUUGCAUGACCAGUAAUUGGGCUUGGGGAGGUGGAUACCUUGAUUUCAGUCAGCAAGGUACGUCCUCAAUUUACUACUCACCCCCUGCAGAGAUAGGAGAAAAGGGAGAUACGGUUGCUUUUUUUUCCUUCAAUCUACCAAAGCAGGACAGGUUUAAUACGAUACGCUCAAUAGUCUACGAUCAGUCAAAUAGCCUAUGGGUCGCCUGGUGCUGGAUCUCCGGGACUGUCUUGACAACAACAGUGAUGGGCUUAUCCAUGUUCUACAUCACUGUCGAGUCCUUCUUAUCGACCGAAGAUUACGAAGACGCUAUGAAAGGACUGAGAAUGACACGAGCCUACCGGUCAUGGACGCUCUUCGCUCGCCGUACCUCUCGUGUUACAAUGAACCAGUUAGAAAAGCUUGCUCUUGCCAUUGGUUUGAUCAAGAAGCGUAAAAAGACGCUCAUGUGGACAAGGCAUCACACAUGGAAUCCGCUUGUUCCUCACCGGACUUCUUCAUCAGGAAGAGACCAUUUCCGCGGAGCGCCGUCGAUUGAACUGACACCUUACGACAACGAUAGAGUGCCCGAUGUUGUCUUUGAAACCCCAGCAAUGGCUCACUCAUUGUUUCCACCAGCUAUUACACCACGUCGGACACGCAACGAGAGCGACGCCUCCCUCGAUCCACUUGACCUACCCGGUCGGCCCCGCACAAGCGGCGACUCUUCGACACCCCUUAUACAAAGGCCGUCGCAAGUGUAUCAGCAGAAUGAAAUAGACGGCCAUAUGGUGGGCGAAGAGCGCAGAAGCUCAGAGACUCCUCUCUUAGAAACAGAUCUGGUGCGUAGUGACGCACAGACAGGGCCACAUAUACAGGAUGCAGUGCAGAACCGGCAGGGCUAUCAUCGUGCACACUCGGAUCAGGGAUCUGCACGUCAGUCGAGAGAUACUGAACACGCUGGUUUGGGGAUAUCGUCUUCCUCGCAAGACCAUAACUACGGGUAG